AAUGUCCUGUCUCGGGGCCGCUGAAAUCUACAACCCUCUUUCUGAACUCAGAAUCAACCAGAGACAGACAAACAGAUUUUUUCCCCAGGUACAUCAAAGGAAGUGGACCAGCCCAAGGUAUACCAAGCUUGGCUACGCGGGCAACACUGAACCCCAGUUCAUUAUACCAUCAUGCAUUGCCAUCAGGGAGUCAGCAAAGGUGGUGGACCAGGCCCAGAGGAGAGUCUUGAGAGGAGUUGAUGACCUUGACUUUUUUAUAGGAGAUGAAGCCAUAGAUAAGCCUACGUAUUCUACAAAGUGGCCAAUAAGACAUGGCAUUAUUGAAGACUGGGACCUCAUGGAGAGAUUCAUGGAACAAGUGAUUUUUAAAUAUCUCCGUGCUGAGCCUGAGGAUCACUAUUUUUUAAUGACAGAACCUCCCCUGAACACACCAGAAAAUAGAGAAUAUCUUGCAGAAAUCAUGUUUGAAUCAUUUAAUGUACCGGGACUCUACAUUGCAGUUCAGGCAGUGUUAGCCCUGGCAGCAUCUUGGACCUCACGGCAGGUUGGAGAACGUACAUUAACAGGAAUAGUCAUAGACAGUGGGGAUGGAGUAACCCACGUUAUUCCAGUGGCGGAAGGUUAUGUAAUUGGAAGCUGCAUCAAACACAUCCCAAUUGCAGGUAGAGAUAUUACAUAUUUCAUUCAACAGCUCCUAAGGGAGAGGGAGGUGGGAAUUCCUCCUGAGCAAUCACUGGAGACAGCAAAAGCCAUUAAGGAGAAGUACUGUUACAUCUGCCCUGACAUAGUAAAAGAAUUUGCCAAGUAUGAUGUAGACCCACGUAAAUGGAUCAAGCAGUAUACAGGCAUUAAUGCAAUCAAUCAGAAGAAGUUUGUCAUAGACGUUGGUUACGAAAGGUUCCUGGGACCAGAAAUUUUCUUUCAUCCAGAGUUUGCCAAUCCAGAUUUUAUGGAGUCCAUUUCAGAUGUUGUUGAUGAAGUGAUACAGAACUGUCCCAUUGAUGUUCGUCGUCCCCUGUAUAAGAAUGUAGUUCUUUCAGGAGGAUCCACGAUGUUCAGGGAUUUUGGACGCCGCCUACAGCGAGAUUUGAAAAGAGUGGUGGAUGCCAGAUUGAAACUGAGUGAGGAACUCAGUGGUGGAAGGAUAAAGCCUAAACCAGUGGAAGUUCAGGUGAUAACGCACCAUAUGCAGCGUUAUGCUGUGUGGUUUGGUGGCUCCAUGCUUGCUUCAACACCGGAGUUUUUUCAAGUGUGUCACACCAAGAAAGACUAUGAAGAAUAUGGCCCUAGCAUCUGUCGGCAUAAUCCCGUCUUUGGAGUCAUGUCCUAGUGUUUGCCUUUGGAAACAUCGUUCAAGUAGUGUCUUGUAGGUGAAGAAGUGUCCUUCUGAGUCUGGAGGUGGUGGCAGUUACUGUACAUAGUGACGCAAGACGUGGACGUCUGUGUGUUUGGGGAAUGCUUGGAUCUCGUAGUAAGGGCCCGAAGCACUAAAUCUACAUUCAGCCCAGAAUCAUUUCAAUAAAAGCCAUUUAUGUGCCGACUGUUUUAAGCCCCUCCCUUCCUCCUUCUGCUUCUUCCUUUCUUCCUCCUAGUUAGCAGUCAGAUCUCAGUUCCGAGAACGGGCAAAAACCACUAUAGAAAUUGCUAGAACAGAACAAGGUAUUGGCAGUAUCUUGCCCUUACCAGGAAAGGAAAUUAGGAUGUAAGCCCGGCCUUUCCCUCCCUAUUUUUGUAAAUAAAAUGUUGUUCUAAUCUUGCAAUACAAUUGAUGUUUAUAUUUCAUAUCAUUUUGUAUUUUAUGGUCUUUGGUACAACUGACUGACAAGUCCUAAGCACGAGUAAAUAUUGAUGUCAUGGAGUGGUGUUCUAAAGCGGUCUCCAGUCGUGAGGCGUGUACUGAUAUUUUUGUGGACAAAGAAACCCAACAGAACAAAAACGCUUUGCCACAUAUGUGCUAGAAAAUGGUUCCCUGGUUUGGAAUGACAUGAAGUUUAAACACUUAACAGUAUUGUAUGAGAGUUACCGCAGCUGAUAUUUAUUUUAGUUUUCAUGUUUUCUGAAGCUGUUUUAUAGAAGACAACGUUUUGGUGUUGGUGAGCAGUGGAUGAAAUGCCUCCUUGCCCCAGUGUAAUAAAAGCGGUUAACAUCUUUCCAGUCUUG